AUGGCGAGAAUAUCGACACUGGGCAUGUGCACUAAACAUGCACACCGGUACAACAGCACUCAGCUACAGAUGCGGAUGCCAUUUGCGGACGAGCAGGCACAUGUAUACACCACAACUAAACACUUCGAAGUCUCGAUCUACAUGCCCGAUUCACUUGGAUACAGCACUGUGACUACCGAUCGCGCAUCUGUCCUCACACUAGGAUCAGGUGCAAGUACCAACCAGACCUAUUUAUUUGCUGGUCCACCUUCCGGCCGAACUAGUCUCUCGCCUACCCGCCCAUCUUCUGUCUCGUAUCGCGGGUCUCGAAUGCCGGAGCACUCGUCAGGUCUCGUCCGCAGUCGUCGAGGCCAUGGGCGCCAUGAACGCCCCGAACUGCCCGUUCCAGCCGAGUACACGGUCGGCAUAUCCGCCUCGAGGCUGGUCUCGUUCAGUUGCCUCAAAAGUCUGAUCCUCCUUGUCUGUCUGUCCUCCAUUUGCUUCAUUACCGCCCGUGGCGAUGGACGCUCGGGUACAAUCGGACCCCAACGUCUCCAGCCAUCGACAGACACACGUCGGUUUGCUCGAGUCCAGCACCUCAAUCCGACCGCACCGUUGGCCGGCGCCCCGGCGACCGCUUGUGCUCUCUUCCAUGCGCUGCCCGGCGAUCUGGCCGAGAUCUGGCAAGUGUCUGCAGGCGGGGACCUUUUACGUCGGUUGGCUCGACUACCGGUAAACGGUAGCCUCAAGCAGGAUGGUGAACCCUUACUCGGCCGUGCCGAGCCGGAACAACUGACCACUUGUCAUGUGAUACGUCCGAGGCCGGACGGCGAAAAUGGAGAGGAUAUAGUCAGUCAGACCUUUGUCGUCAACGAGGGUCAGGACACUAGCUAUCUGGGUCAACAUAUC